ACAAUUUGAGAAGCUUGUGUGGAGAUAACCACAAGCCAACGUGUUAUAAAACCCUUAUCACGCCUUCCACCACAAGCUCCUCCAUCAUUGUAAACAUCGCUUCUAAAAAGCCUCUCUCUCUCUCUCUCUCUCUCUCUCUCUCUCUCUCUCUAUCUCUCUCUCUCUCUCUCCCGUGAUCUACAAGAAUGGUUCUUGUCUCUUCCACUGGCGAAAAGGAUGGCUCCUCGAAUACCCGUGGAAACCCCGCCGACAAGUCCAAGCCCGGCGGUGGGCUCGCCGCCGGUCUCAUCUUAGGGAGUGAGCUGUCGGAGAGGAUAUGUGUGAUGGGGAUAUCGAUGAAUCUGGUGACGUAUCUCGUCGGAGAUCUGCAUAUAUCGUCGGCCAAAUCUGCGACCAUCGUGACCAAUUUCAUGGGAACCCUGAACCUACUCGGCCUGCUCGGUGGGUUCUUGGCCGACGCGAAACUCGGCCGCUACAAGACGGUCGCCAUCUCUGCCUCUGUCACUGCUCUGGGGGUAAUACUCUUGACAUUAGCCACAACGAUCCCAAGCAUGAGGCCACCGCCUUGCGACGAUUUCAGGAGGCUUCACCAUCAGUGCAUUGAAGUCAGCGGUCACCAGCUCGUUCUUCUCUACGUAGCUCUGUACACCAUCGCUCUCGGCGGCGGAGGAAUCAAAUCCAACGUCUCGGGUUUUGGGUCGGACCAGUUCGAUUCGAGUAACCCUAAAGAAGAGAAAGCAAUGAUCUUCUUCUUCAACAGGUUCUACUUCUCAAUCAGUAUCGGCUCCCUAUUCGCGGUCAUUGCUCUCGUUUACGUUCAGGACAACGUCGGGAGAGGUUGGGGGUACGGGAUAUCGGCGGCCACUAUGGUCAUCGCGGCCGUGGUUUUGCUGUCCGGAACGAAGCUUUACCGUUUCAAGAAACCUAAGGGAAGUCCCUUCACUGUGAUAUGGAGGGUGGCUUUCUUGGCGUGGAAGAAAAGAAACCAGCGUUACCCUCCUCACCCCAGUCUCUUGAACGGCUACGACAAUACCACGGUUCCACACACCGAGAGGCUCCGGUGUCUGGACAAGGCAGCAAUUCUCGACGAGACAUGUGUUUCGAACGAAAGCAAGAACGAUCAAUGGAUCGUUUCGACAGUUACGCAGGUUGAGGAAGUGAAGCUUGUCCUGAAGCUGAUACCCAUAUGGUCGACCUGCAUUCUCUUCUGGACGAUCUACUCCCAAAUGACGACGUUCACGGUCGAACAGGCCACAUUCAUGGACCGAAAACUCGGGUCAUUCACCGUUCCGGCCGGCUCGUUUUCCGCAUUCCUCAUCCUCACCAUUCUCCUCUUCACCUCCUUAAACGAAAGACUGUUCGUGCCGUUAGCCCAUAAGAUCACAGGCAAGCCUCAAGGAAUCACAAGCCUUCAGAGAAUCGGCAUAGGGCUCGUCUUCUCCAUGGCCGCCAUGGCAGUAGCUGCAGUCAUAGAGAAGAAGAGACGUGUAUCGGCCGUCGACAACGGGACCCACAUGAGCGCGUUCUGGUUAGUGCCUCAGUAUUUUCUCGUAGGUGCAGGAGAGGCGUUUGCUUACGUCGGCCAGCUCGAGUUUUUCAUAAGGGAAGCGCCCGAGAGGAUGAAAUCGAUGAGCACCGGACUGUUUCUGAGCACGAUCUCGAUGGGAUUCUUCGUCAGUAGCUUGCUCGUUUCGCUUGUGGAUAAGGUCACGGACAAGAGCUGGCUGAGGAGCAACCUUAACCGAGCGAAACUGAACUACUUCUACUGGCUCCUGGUCGUGUUGGGAGCUUUCAACUUCGUCAUCUUCCUCGUUUUCGCCAUGAGACAUCAGUACAAAACACAGGUGGGCAUUGCCGAGAUCGAUGAAUUUGUCGAGAAGGAGACGAAAGGAAUCGGAAAUGGAGUUCUUGAAGAGAAGACGACGAGAAAAAGCUCUGAGUAUGAGCUUAAGGACAUGCCCUGAAACAGAUCUGCAGUUUCUGCAACUGGAUUUGGUCGGAAAAGACAGUUACUUGUCGUGUAAGAAAAGAAAAAAAAAAUGUUUGGUUUGAAGUUGUUGUUGAUUUGUAUUAAUACAAGGUUUAGUAUAUGGUUUGAUUUGUAAUUUCUGAGAAAUUAUGCAGAGUGAAAAAUAGAAAUUCAGCACAUGGAAAAAGCCUUUGAUGCAGCAAAUUCGCCAUUUAA